AUGAUGGGCAUCGACAGGAUAACGACGUACGGGCAUAUCACCGACAGUAGUGCUGCUGCUGCUGCUGUUAGUGCCGCUGCUGGUGUCACUUACUUAUCACACUACCCAACGCCCGACACUUCCCUCUGCCGGAGCAGCUACAGUGCAUCCUCCCCGGGCACAAGUCCAUCGGUGUCCGGGCCCGAUCUGAACCACACCAACUUCGGCCUCUCCUUUGCGGACGUAAUGUUCGAUGGCGAAUCGUUCGUACAGAUAGACUCCUCCGAUCUGCACAUCUUUGGAUCCGGCCCAGCGCAAACGCUCGGUGGCACGAUUGAUCCUUGUCCGGUGCAAAGUCACCCCAGCUCACCCUACCCACCGGAAGAGUCGCGGAACGGACGGCCAGUUGAGACGAAGACGUGCACUGCCAGUUUCAUAUCUACCCCGGUGAGCCGCACUACCGACCACCGUCGGCUGUACAAGACGCGCAAAUCUAUCUCGGCGGGUAAGAAGGACUGCACACCACCGAGUCCGACCGUGCUGAAGAAGCGACGGCUAGCGGCGAACGCACGGGAACGCAAGCGCAUGAACAGUCUGAACGUUGCGUUCGAUCGGUUGCGCGAGAUCGUCCCUUCGCUAGGGCCGGAUCACAAGCUGUCCAAGUUUGAGACGCUUCAGAUGGCGCAGACGUACAUUAAUGCGCUCAGUGAUCUGUUGGAGCGCGGUGCCGAUGCAACGACCUACAGUCUGUUCGAUAGUCUUGAAUCGAGGGUCGCGUCCAACGAUACCAACAAUAACAGCAGUAGCGGCGUGAAUGGGCAGCAGUUGCUCGGGAGGGACGAUGACUCGCUGGACGAUCGAUUCUUGGACAUGGGAUAUGAUGUGAUGUGA